CACCGGAGGAGUGGCGUUGAAGGAAGGAUGGUCCGGGAGAUAGAGGCUGCACGCUGAGCGCAGCUGCGGUCACAAUGCCACAUUCAAACUUACUCUAAGAAGUGGAAGUAGUACCUCUUAUCUGCAUGCCAGCGAAGGAGGGACGAUAAGAACCAAAGACACAAAGCCAAAGAUCAAUACCACAGAGGUCAAACAUCAGCAGCCGCUCGCUCCUCUGAUCCGCUCUACUCAGCACAUUCAGUAAGGAGAUGUAUCGCACGCGACCUGCAGAGAUGAGUGGCAACAAGAAGAUGGAGGAUGAGGCGGUGCUGGACCGCGGGGCAUCCUUACUCAAGCACCUUUGUGAUGAAGAGGAAGUAGAAGGUCACCACACCAUUUACAUCGGCGUGCAUGUGCCCAAGAGCUAUCGACGUCGGAGGCGUCACCGCCGGAAAACCGGCCACAAGGACAGAAAGGAGAAGUUGACGGAGAAUGUCUUUGACAAGUCGGACACAGAAAACAACGAGGAGGCCAGCAACAGCAUCCUCAAACCUCUCAUCUCACCAGCAGCAGAGAGGAUUCGCUUCAUCCUAGGGGAGGACGACGAUGGCCCGGCACCCCCACAGCUCUUCACUGAGUUGGAUGAGCUGCUGUCAGUGGAUGGACAGGAGAUGGAGUGGAAGGAGACGGCCAGGUGGAUCAAGUUUGAGGAAAAGGUGGAGAAAGGUGGAGAACGCUGGAGUAAACCUCAUGUGGCGACGCUGUCCUUACACAGCCUAUUUGAACUGAGGACAUGUAUAGAAAAAGGCACCAUCAUGCUGGACCUGGAAGCUUCCACGCUACCUCAGGUUGUUGAGAUGAUCACUGACAACCAGAUAGAGAUCGGCCAGCUGAAGGCCGAACUGAAGGACAAGGUGAUGUACACGUUGCUGCGGAAACAUCGCCAUCAGACCAAGAAGUCCAACCUGCGCUCUCUGGCUGACAUCGGCAAGACGGUGUCCAGUGCAAGUAGGCUGUUUUCCACCCCGGAAAAUGAUAGUCCCACCACGACUCCCAGGAACCUGACAUCCACCAGCCUGAACGAUGUCUCUGACAAACCAGAAAAAGACCAGCUGAAGAACAAAUUCAUGAAGAAGUUGCCAAGAGACGCAGAAGCCUCCAAUGUGCUGGUGGGGGAGGUGGACUUCCUGGACGCGCCCUUUGUGGCGUUUGUUCGUCUGCAGCAGGCCGUGAUGCUGGGAGCCCUGACGGAGGUUCCUGUUCCCACAAGAUUUUUAUUCAUCUUGCUUGGACCCAAAGGCAAAGCCAAGUCGUACCACGAGAUCGGCAGAGCGAUCGCUACACUGAUGUCGGAUGAGGUCUUUCAUGACAUUGCAUAUAAGGCCAAGGACAGACAAGAUUUGCUGGCCGGUAUUGACGAGUUUCUGGAUGAGGUGAUUGUGCUUCCUCCUGGAGAAUGGGACCCGGCCAUCAGGAUAGAGCCUCCAAAAUCCCUCCCCUCCUCUGACAAAAGGAAAAACAUGUAUGCAGGAGGCGACUCUCAGAUGAACGGAGACAUGCCUCACGAUGGAGGUCAUGGAGGAGGACACGCUGUAGGCGAAGAGCUCAGGAAGACUGGAAAGUUCUGUGGGGGUCUUAAACUUGACAUUAAGAGAAAAGCGCCUUUCUUUGUCAGUGACUUCACCGACGCGUUUCACAUUCAGGCCCUGUCGGCCAUUAUGUUUAUUUACCUGGGAACUGUGACGAAUGCCAUCACCUUUGGUGGUCUACUAGGAGACGCUACGGAGAACAUGCAGGGUGUGCUGGAGAGUUUUCUGGGCACAGCCAUUGCUGGUGGCGUUUUCUGUCUGCUGGGUGGUCAGCCUCUCAUCAUCCUCAGCAGUACCGGCCCCGUUUUGGUGUUUGAACGGCUGCUUUUCAACUUCAGCAGAGAUAAUGAGUUUGACUACUUGGAGUUCCGCCUGUGGAUCGGCCUGUGGUCGGCUUUCUUCUGCCUGCUGCUCGUGGCGACUGAUGCCAGCUACUUGGUCCAGUACUUCACCCGCUUCACCGAGGAGGGCUUCUCCUGUCUCAUCAGCUUCAUCUUUAUCUAUGAUGCCUUCAAGAAGAUGAUAAAAUUAGCUCAUCAUUAUCCAAUCAACUCUGACUUCAGAAUGGAAUAUGUCACACAGUACGACUGCCUCUGCAUGGCUCCUGCUGUCUUGGAAAACAGCACAGACAUCAUUGGCGAUCCUUUAGAAGGUACUUCAGUCUGGUUCUGGAACAACACAGAUCUGCCAUCGAAUGCCACGUGGUCGUCCCUCUCUAGGACCGAGUGUUUGAAGUAUAAUGGAGAGCUGGUGGGGAAAGCCUGCGACUUUGUCCCAGACAUCACCCUCAUGUCCUUCAUAUUGUUCUUUGGCACUUACACCUGCUCCAUGUUUCUAAAAAAGUUCAAGACAAGCCCGUUUUUCCCCACCACUGUGCGAAAACUCAUCAGUGACUUUGCCAUCAUCUUGGCCAUUCUUAUCUUCUGUGGAGUUGAUAUGCUCAUAGGGGUUGAUACGCCUAAACUUCUUGUGCCAAGUGAAUUCAAACCAACAAGUCCAAACCGGGGCUGGUUUGUGUCCCUAUUUGGAGGAAACCCCUGGUGGGUUUAUCUGGCGUCUGCUCUUCCUGCCCUUCUGGUCACCAUCCUGAUCUUUAUGGACCAACAGAUUACUGCUGUGAUUGUCAACAGGAAGGAGCACAAGCUAAAGAAAGGGGCAGGUUACCAUCUGGAUCUGUUUUGGGUGGCUGUUCUGCUAAUAAUUUGCUCCUUCAUGGGUCUGCCGUGGUACGUGGCCGCCACCGUCAUCUCCAUCGCUCACAUCGACAGUUUGAAGAUGGAGACUGAAACAUCGGCUCCCGGAGAGCAGCCAAAGUUCCUGGGUGUGAGAGAGCAGAGGGUCACCGGUGUGUGCGUGUUCAUCCUCACAGGACUGUCUGUGUUUAUGGCUCCAGUUUUAAAGUUCAUCCCCAUGCCUGUGCUGUAUGGAGUCUUCUUGUACAUGGGGGUCGCUUCUCUCAAUGGAGUGCAGUUCAUGGAUCGUCUUAAGCUGCUUCUAAUGCCGGCGAAACACCAGCCGGACCUGGUUUACCUGCGACACGUUCCCCUGCGGAAGGUCCACCUCUUCACUUUUAUGCAAAUCCUUUGCUUGGCUCUGCUCUGGAUCCUCAAGUCCACCGUGGCUGCCAUCAUCUUCCCUGUCAUGAUCCUCGCUCUGGUCGCUGUCAGAAAGGGGAUGGAUUACCUGUUCUCUCAGCAUGACCUCAGUUUCCUGGAUGAUGUUAUCCCAGAGAAGGACAAGAAGAAGAAAGAGGAUGAGAAGAAGAAAAAGAAGAAACGUGGCAGCAUAGACAGUGACGCCGACGGCUCUGACUAUCCUUACUAUGAGAAUAUUCCCAGCAUUAAAAUCCCCAUGGACAUGAUGGAACAGGAGCCCUUCUUAAGUGAUAAGGCUUCUGACAGAGACAAGUCCUCAUCAUUCCUUGAACGACACACAUCGUGCUGAGCAGCUUCGUUUCUACCAGGCCAACUACUUGUCCAGUCCUGAGAUGAGUCCGCUGAAGUCUGUGCCUCAGAUUAGAAUAGACAUGGACCCAGACGAUGAUAACACCUUCUACUGGAAGAGCAGAGGAUCUGAAACAUCUCUGUAGAUCUCCGAACGGCCGUCUGUCAACCUGCAGCACAACUUUUCUUUUCUUUUUACUGACCUUCAAUGAUUCUUUUAACUCAGAUCUCCUUCAUGACUUCAAGACUUUGUUCUGAAGAGCAGCACACUUUAGAAAAAGCAUUACGGUGCACACUGUAUGGUCUUUCCUCACCACGUUUCUCUCACAGCUCCACAGUUAAUCUUUGCUUACAAAGGUAACCCCUGAAUACUCUUCUAUGCAACUCCUCCUACACAUCCCCGACCGAGGCUGCAGCUCACUCUGACCACGCACGGACUGCCCUCCCUGCUCUUUUUAUAUAAACAUAUACAAAUAUCAUCUGUCUAAGUUUUUAUAUAAACCGAAUUAUUCUAAUAACAUUUUCCUGUAGCAGGAAAAUCAUGUUUUUAUAGCUCUACCUCUUGUUUUAGAUUCAAUGCUUAUCAUGAAUGAUUGCAAUGUGUUGAUUUUUGAUGGGGUUUUGAUAUUUUCUCUCUGUCCUCUUGUAGAAAUGAUUCACAUGAAGAGAUUCGCUCUAUGAUCAUAGCUUGUGAAGGAAAUACAAUAGAUAUUUAAGUAAAUUAAUAGCAGAUUAACAAUGCACAUUUGUAUGUGCAGAUGAGGAAAAUAUUUUUAUUCUCACUUUGUGAUGCAGUUUUACUUGCUUCACUUUCUAAUUUUCUGAAUCUUUUUCUCUUUUGCUUUUGUUACUCAUUUAAUUUAAAUCAUUUUCUUCUGUUGUUUUGCUUUUUUUUAAAAAAAAGAUUUUGUUGUGUGUGUGUUCGUAACAUUUCUUUUUUUUUUUUCUGUUCGAGUAGAAAACAAUCCAGCGACAUAAUCAUCUGAUUUUCCUCCGCCAAACUUAAACUAACUAGAAAUGCAUAUCAUAAUAAUUGCUUGUGCUGCACAAAGUACUUUACCUAAGUGGCUUAUAAGAGAUUGAUUGAGUCUGAAAUUCUUAAAGCAACAAUGUGAAAAAGAGGAGACAGGAAUCAAAUCCAUGCAAGCUCAGUGCAGUGGGACGGCUUCGGUUCACGGCAGGUUUAUUCGUUUUUCUCAGCUGUUUUUGGAAUUAUCUGAUGAUGUGAAGACACGUGAUCUAAUGAGUUUUUAAUAAGGAUGUGUUUGGGCUUUAAUACAACGGUCACAUGCCAUGCUGUGCUUAAAUUCAGAGCCUUAUUGGUCGCUGUUAUGCAAUCCUAUCUCCUUCAAAUCCACACAAAGACCCGUGUGCACGUCAGCUGUCAAACACAUCUUUGAAUCUUUGAUUGCUGGUCAGUGUUUGACUCAGUUUUCUUUAUUCUAACUCAAAUUUCUAAUUACCAGGGAAAGCAUUUUAAUUUUGGCCCCCAUAAUAAACAUUAUAGUGGCUAUAACAGGACAGAGGGAAAGAACUUGUUGAACUUGCAGAGUGUGCACAGGGCAUGUGUGUGUCCUGUUUAACCCACACACAUCCUUUAAACAGUUGUUAAAACGUCAUGUCAGUCUGCUGCAGUGAGGCAGAAGAUACACAAACUCCAUAUUUGCUCCAAUGUUUUUACUUCAAACUGUUUCCCACAGAAUGACCACGUGCAUCUCUCUGACCGCUCAUCUGUUUUUGGCCAGUUAUAAAGGAUAAUUCAGGUUUAUGUGAACUUAUAUUACAUAUAUGUGGCUGCUGUGUGGGUCGUGCUAACUUUGAACUCUUCACUUCUGUUGUAGUAAUCAGGCAGGAAUCAGAAGUUGUAUUUAGAGAAAUGCAAGCUCCAAAGUUUGUUUGAAAAAACAAAAAGUUGUAGCUGACCCGUUAUGGAUCAGCUGUAGGUUUCUUGGUAUAUACAAAGAAAAAUGUUCUUUUCUUCAGUGCAAAAACAUUUUAUAUUUUUCCCCCCAAACUGCAGUAAGUUCCAGAAUCUCACUGAAACAACUGAAAGCAGGGUGCUCUGCUCCUGUACACCCACUUUCACCUGACAUGCAUUUUACUUUAGCAGCUUUGUUAUAUAAGAGAGCAAUUUCCCAUAAUUUCCCAACAAAAUUAAUAAUAAUAAAAUAAAAUUAAUAAUAUCUUAUGUUAAUAACUCCAUCAGAUAGCAGGACAUACAGGUGGAUGUAGACCCUGUGCAUCUUUAACAUACUUAUUCCUGGGGAAUACAGACUACCUUUGCAUGGUAAGAUAAAUAAUCCAUAUUUAUCUUACAGUAGUCAUUACUGUAGCCCCUCAGUUCAUUCACUGACUAGUCAAAGGGGCCACUUUAAAUGUUGAGCGACAGACACUCUUGGCACUUUGAUCCAAACAGUAGACACAAAAAGCUUUUACAUGCUGUUUUCUGCUUUUGUUUUGUUUCUGUGGUAAAGAUGGAGAGCUCAAAGUUUGCAUGACCCACAUUAAAAGGUUAAAAAUAACCCACGGUUAUCUUUUAACUCCAGUACAGCCAUCUACACCAUCUCCCCACUCAAUCUCUAAUAGGUGCACUGAAGCACUUUCUUGCUUUUAAUUUUAAUUUGAAACCACCGGGCCUCUCUGUACGGAUCGCCGCGGUAGAGAUUUCAAAGACGUGAAUAAAUAAGCCCUCCUCUUCCUCUGUAAUUCACGCAGGUAACGACAUAAUUCAUAUUCCACAUCAGUAUUUACAGCUGUCAGCAGCAGCAAGUGGAAACAAAUGUGAUUCAGCGCCCGGGACAUUUUCUGUGGGGAGUGAUUAGUUUAAAGUGUGAUUCUGUGUAAGCGUGUCGGACAAAACCCUACAACAUGACGUGAAAACCUUCUGUUAAUCCUAGUGUUUGGAAUACUGAUGCAAUUUUUUUUAUUAUUAUUAACAUUUUGUGACUUUUUAGAAUAGGGGAAAUUGUUUAUUUUAGAAUCUAUAUUUUUCAAAUGAAAUGUAUAUUGGAAAUAAAGAGAAUUAUCAAACAGCAA